CCCUCUUGAGUCACCGCUCGCUCAGACCCCCAAGGAUGAAGGUAACACCAGGGUUGUGCUGAGGACAACAUAUCUGAGGCAUGGCUCCAGCACUCUGAUUCCUUGCCCCAGCCAUGCAGCUGAGGGUGAGUGGCCCAAGCUUACCAUCGCCCUCCACCCUCAGUGGCCAGUCUGAGUACUGCCCGGCAAGAUCCUCAUUCGAUUCGUCUGGAUUCCCUCUUGGUCUUGGAAGCUUCCCAUUUGAUGAUAUGAAGCCAAGUUAGAGAAAUUGCGACUCCCUAAAUACAUGAUUGUUUUGGUUUAAUUAUUUCCAGCCUCAAGGAUGGCAAUCCAGUUGCGCUCACUCUUCCCAUUGGCGUUGCCCGGGAUGCUGGCACUCCUCGGCUGGUGGUGGUUUUUUUCUCGCAAAAAAGAGCAAGUCAGCAGCCAUGAUAGGCAGGCAGAGACCAGUGCUGUGGAACUGAGGGCUGACCCUGCAAUCCAGGACCCCCUCCCCAUGGGAGAGGCCUGUGGCAGAAUGUCCACACCCCUCAGUGUCACCCUGCCAGCAGAGAAGGAAUCAAGGAAACCUGCUGUGGAACCCCCAGCCUUGCCUCGGAUGCACCCAACCAGGCAUCGAUCAGAGUCCUCGGGCAGCCUUCUAAAUGCCACAGAUGCCAGAUCUCCGCCAGGAACAUGCAGAGAUGACAGUGCAAAGGUAGAAUUUACCCUAAUCAGUGAUGAGGCCAAAUUGAUUCCUCCAGCGUGUCCCCUUCCAUCCACAAAGGAUGUGCAGUUCCUGCACGAAGCAGCUGAGGUGUGUAAGCAAGAGUCCGUGACUAGCAGGGUACCCAGGAGGAGCUGGCCUGACCAGUCUGUGCCCUCCGCAGAGAAGCACAGCCCUGAGGAGAAGGCAAAAGAAAUGGGUGGGACUGAAGGAACUGGCGAUGCAGUGUUGGGAGAAAAUGUGCUGGAAGAAGGUCUUUUGCCCCAGGAGCAGAGAUCAGAGUUAGAGAGCUGCAAGGCCCCUAGCCUGGCCUCCUUGGGAGGAGAUGGGGAGAAGGGACAGAGCAGCCCACCCCAGGUGGCUGUGUCCGUGCCCGUGCAGAAGGAAGAGUGCACAGUGGGGAAGUUGUUAAGUAGCUUUGUGGAGUCUGCUCCCAUUGAGUUGGCAAAAGAUGAUGAGUUGCCAGCAACCCAGGUCAGAGGUGGCCAAGUCCAGGACAAAGAACUCAUAGGAGAACUGAGCAAGGAAGGGGCCUUGGAUACAAAUGAGAAGAUUGAGCAGGCUGCCUUCCAGAUAAUCUCCCAAGUGAUUUUGGAAGCAACCGAAGAGGUGCUGGCCACCACAGUGGGCAAGAUUGCAGGUCGUAUUUAUCAAGCCUCAGCCACUCAGCUCCCAGGGCAAAAGGAGGAGGAUUGUGCUCCCAUCAGCCAGAGAACUGUUCUAGGGCAAGAGGCUGCGGAGCCUACUCUGGCCACAGCCAAGGCAGCUGUUGAGCCAUUGGAUACAGCCUUCCCCUUGCCGGGCCUGCCAGUGGAAGACCAGUCAUCCCCAAAGACCUACGUGAGCAGCCUGAGCAGCCCUCUGUCCAGCCCCAUCAAGGAUGGCAAGCCAAAGAUCUCUGCCCACCACAUUUCUCUGACGCCCUGCCCAGUACCAGCUGCCUCAUUGGGAGAGGCGCAGGAUGAUUCCUGCGACUCUGUGGAAGAUACCACAUGUGACACCUGCACGUCAGACGAUGGCCAGGGCUGUUCUAUGGCUUCGAUGACUUCCUUGGGGCAGUGCUCAGAUUCUGUCAGCACCUCGGGGCUCGGCGACUCUUGCACAGAGACCACCUCCACCCCCAGGGACAAAUCCAUCACCCCACCGUUGCCAGAAAAUACUGUGCCCUUCAGCAAUGGGGUGCUGAAGGGGGAGUUGUCAGACUUGGGGGCUGAGGAUGGAUGGACCAUGGAUGCAGAAGCAGAUCAUUCGGGAGGUUCCGACGGGAACAGCAUGGAUUCAGCUGAUAGCUGCUGCAGCCUGCAGAAGACUAAUGGUUCCCACAAUAUCCAGGCAGGCUCCAGCCCUAACAAAGUCGACCUCAUCAUCUGGGAGAUUGAGGUGCCAAAGCACUUAGUUGGUCGACUAAUUGGCAAGCAGGGGCGGUAUGUGAGUUUCCUGAAGCAAACAUCUGGUGCCAAGAUCUACAUCUCAACCCUGCCUUACACACAGAACAUCCAGAUCUGCCACAUAGAAGGCUCUCAGCAUCAUGUUGACAAAGCAUUGAACUUGAUUGGGAAGAAGUUCAAGGAACUGAACCUCACCAAUAUCUACGCUCCCCCACUGCCUUCCCUGGCACUACCUUCUCUACCGAUGACGUCCUGGCUCAUGCUGCCUGAUGGCAUCACUGUGGAAGUCAUCGUGGUCAACCAGGUCAAUGCUGGGCACCUGUUUGUGCAGCAGCACACACACCCUACUUUCCACGCACUGCGCAGCCUGGACCAGCAGAUGUACCUCUGCUACUCUCAGCCAGGGAUCCCUACCUUGCCUACCCCAGUGGAAAUAACGGUCAUUUGUGCGGCUCCUGGCCUGGAUGGGGCCUGGUGGCGAGCCCAGGUGGUUGCCUCCUACGAGGAGACCAAUGAAGUUGAGAUUCGCUAUGUGGACUACGGUGGCUAUAAGAGAGUGAAAGUAGACGAGCUCCGACAAAUCAGGUCUGACUUUGUGACCCUGCCAUUCCAGGGAGCAGAGGUUCUUCUGGACAGUGUGAUGCCCCUGUCAGAUGAUGACCAUUUUUCACCUGAAGCAGAUGCAGCCAUGAGUGAGAUGACAGGAAAUACAGCACUGUUGGCUCAGGUCACAAGUUACAGUCCAACCGGCCUUCCGCUGAUCCAGCUCUGGAGUGUGUCUGGAGAUGAGGUGGUGUUGAUAAACCGGUCGCUGGUGGAGCGAGGCCUGGCUCAGUGGGUGGACAGCUACUACGCAAACCUUUGACCCUGGGCUCCACAGCCCUCUCUGGAGUCUUUUUUGCACUGUAAAAUUGGGCUUGGCCCUCAAGGCAAAAGUUUAACAUCAGAAUAAUAAUCCUUGUCCUCCA